AUUAAUAACACAGUUUUAUAUCCUAAAAGAAAGUUUUUUGCAACGUAAACACCAAGAAGGAAAAACUUCAAUGGAUAAGACAUAAAGCAGCGACGAUAACGAGAAAAAAUAAAUUACAUGAAAUCGGCAAUAAUGGAUAUUGAAUUGAUAAAUAUGGAAGUGCCAAAAGAUGAUGGCCAUCAAGUGUACAUUCCAGCCAUUAUCUGGAAUAAGUUGCAGGAAGAGUUAGAGCAAGAACUUGACCAAAGAUUUUCUACAUUCGGCCUUGUCUUCCGAGUUUCAGUUUUCAAGAGCAAAUUUGCUACAGAAGAAGUUGAUGGAAUGGAGUGGUAUGCCUAUGUAAUUUUCUAUUCUGUCAGUGGAGCCAAAAAUGCAUUAAAGCAGAGCGGCAAAAUCAAGAUUGGAGAGACAGAAAUACUGGUGAAAAAAAAGCAUCAUUACAGACCUCACACAAAGCGGGAGCUGCCACUCUACAAAGCCCAGGAAUUACUUACUUUUUACUUUGGCUUCAACUGUUGGUCGUCUGAAGUGGUGUAUAUGGAAAGAGAACCAGACGGAGAAACACCCAAUCACUUAAGAUAUGCGUGUAUGGUGCGAGUCAAAAUGCCAAAAGAGGAUCUUUGUAGUGAGGGGUUGGGUGUAGCAGAAGUACCCUUCUCUCCCACUGGUCCUUCUUCUCGAGGGAUUGCUCAUAUGACUGCCCGACGAUUUGCUUACCAAUCUGCAAUGAAGACAGCUUUUUCCAAGUUCAUUAUCAUUAUACUGGGAAAUGGUAAAAUUACUGUUGAGGUUGACACAACACAGGAAGAUAUUUAUGUCUAUGACCCUGCAUGGGAUAAUCCUGUUGUAAAGGUCAAUGAAAUCAACUAUGAUCCAGAUGACGAGGAAGAGUGUGAAGAUUUAGAUGACAUUACAGAAGAGGAGUUGAAUGCUCUCCUCGAUGCUCCCUUGGGAUAGUGUUUUACUGUAUAUGUUGAUCACUUUUGAUUUCAAAACCUUUUUUCCUUCUUUUACAUUUUUUUUUUUUUUUUGCUGUGAUUAUUACUGUAUUUUGUAUUUGUAUUAAUUUUAUUAUUUGCCAUUUUUAAGUUUGGCUGACAUCUUAAUGGGAAAAAAUCAGUAAAGAGAUGAGGGAUUUCAUCAAGAAUGAUAGAUAUUAGCUGGGAAUUGAAAAGUACAAACUAUUACACCAAGUAUAAAUGUAUCUUUUGAUUUCACUGUGCAAUUUCCAGGGUAGAAGUUAAUUUGUAAUUUAUUUUUCGUUUAUGAAUGAUAUGGGUGAAUAUUCCCUAUAUACCAUUUACAGUAGUUUUAAGAGUGUUUGAUAUUUAUACUUGUUAUAUGUAUUUUAAUAAAGAAAUAUUUUAGUCACUUGUGUUUUUUUUUUCGUAAAAGAAAUGUACUGAAUAUUUCCAGGGUCUGAUUGAGCUUUGGCAUGGGUAUAAACUUUCAGCUGCAGCAUUUUUAUGUAUGCUAAAUAACAUACCUAUGCUUUGUAUAGGUAAAUAACAGUACAUAAACAAAAUCUACAUAACAUUUAGUGGUGUAUUUUUAUUUAUUAUUUUUUUGUUUUGUUUUUGUUUUUAACAAUGGUAGAAUGUAAGGAGCUCCUUUGAUAUUUUUUUUUUCUUAGAUCAUUGUUUUUAUCAUUUCAGUUGCAGUUCCCUUCAUUCAGUUUUGGAUGUUAAAGAAAGUUGCGUUAAAAUUACUAUUCAUUAGUCUUCUGCUUUCUCAAUUUUAAGAAUGGUCACUGCAUACACUGUGUCAAUUAAGAAUUCUGCAUUUAGGCAUUUAUAUUAUCAAUUAUAAAAUGUAGCAUAAUAUCAAUGAAAAUGUUUAGAACAGAUGGAAAGCAAGUGAUGUUACCUUCCUAUUCCAGUCUAUACUGUAUAUACUGUGAUUUUUAUUUAUCAUAGAAUUAUCAAAGCCCUUGCCUAUCAUACUGAAUCAGAAUACUGAAAGGAGAUGAAAAGAGAAAAUGAAAGUUCAAAUAUUCAACAAUCAUUGAUAAUGCAACAAUUUUUUACCUACAACUUUUUAUGCAUUCACUUGCUCAUUUCUCAAGAUGCUUUUAUCUCAUAUAUUCACAUUCAUAUCAUUAGGUAUUGGCCUGUUAUCAACUACUUUCUUCAACAGGUGGUGAUACAUGCAUAGAUGUAUGUAUCACUCCUUGAUAUUAGGAUAUGUUUGUGUUAUAUUAUCUCCUAUCUGUAAAUAAAGUAAAUGACAGUAA